AUGCCUGCUGUCUCACGAAAGCGAAAAUCUCGCGCCCGGUCUGGAUCAAAGCCAUACGAGCGGCGAGUUGCUUUCCCACAUUCUUCCAGUCCUGCCCUUUCCGAUAAUCAGAACGGUGACGAGUGCCCUCCAUCACCAAUCUUAGACACGGCGGACAAACCUGGAUUUCCCACAUAUACCCAGUACAAACGCCUAGAGACCGGAUACCUGGAGUCGCUGUCCCCGCGAAAGCGUGAUAAGGCCCUCAUAUCUCAGUGCAUGUUCGACAAGAUCUGGGAUGUGCUACACCAACCGGACGCAUGCACUGUUGGGACACCACAGUUUCGCUUCUGGGUCCGCAAGAUGUUCACGCUCAGUACACCCGACGCAGAAGAUGACGGCGAGGUACCAGUUGUCAUCCUCCAUGAGAACAGGCCAGUCGCCGUUCAGGAGCAGCUAUAUGAACUCUUCUGUUACUGCCACGAAGAGUCCAACCACGGCGGUCGGGACAAAACUUGCGCUAUCAUCCGCCAGCACUACUCAUGGGUCCCAAAAGAGCUUACUGCACAGUUCGUCAAAGCUUGUCCUACAUGUACCUUCAAACGAAGCGGCAAC